UUGUUAGAUGGGGACACAAGAAGCCCCGCUUUACUUAUGUUUCUCUAAAACCAUAAGUUUAAGUCCCGCAGAGAGCCGGCCGGCGCUGGCAGAGACGAUGCUCUGAAGGAUUCAGCUCUUGCGGGAGGAUUUUUGUGCGCUUUGCGUUGCAUCAGAUGAGGAGCAGCUUGGCUGAAUACUGAGUGAGGGAAUGCAUGCAGGAAGGCGUGUGCAGCCGGCGGUAGAGGAUAGCAGCGGCCCCGCCGUUAAUUGGCGCGAUUCAUGUGCCUCCUGAGUGCCUGAGAGGGGCGCACAGAUCCCUGCACGCCACGCGCCGCCUUUGCGCUCCCACGGCUCCAUUCCCCUCUUUCGGAAAUAUUAUUCGAGAAAAGGUGGGCACCUUCAUUUAAAGUUUUGCAGGCGCCUUUCGGGGGGUGGGGGAGACUCUGCAGAGCUGUCAGUGGGAGUCUGGAUUGAUCAGGUGCGGAUUUCGGUGUCUUGUCACAGCUGUCACUCCUGGGUGACAGUGGCGCUGACCCUGCGUUCCGGGGACUCUGUGCGCUCCGUUCUGAGGUACAGGGAAGCGACGCAGCAUUUUAACACGGAUUGAGCCCCCCCGGUCUCCCCAUUUAGUCAGCUCGUUCACUUCCCGCAUCAUCAACUUUUUUGCUGCCGCUUUACCACGAUCUCAUCACAUUGAGAUUAAGUCGGGAACCUUAAAGAGGAUCGGGGCUCAUUGUUGAACUUGUUGAACACUUGCACAGACUGGACAUCCCUAACGGGGGAUUCAGAUGAGAGGUUUAAUACUGGCACGGGCACAAGGUGACAGAUGAUGUUUGAAGGGUGCCGGAGCUGAAACAGCUGCCAGUUACCACAAGGAUCAGGCAGACGGCCCUUACCGCGGCAGACACUGUCUCUGAGGACCCCGCCACUCUCUGCCGUGAACUGGGCUCCCAGAAUCCGCUGUCUCCUCAGCAGCCCAAGAUCCCCUGCCUCCACCUUCACCCCCCCCCACAACCCGACCCCCCUCCCCCACCAACCGUCUGUGCCAGAUCGGCUUGGAACAAGAGUGUGGGCCUUUGCAGAAGCACUGGCCUCGGUGGUAUGGUGGCUGCCCCCCCCAGCUCUCCGCCCUGCACCAGCUGGAUUAUUAUCUGAGGUCGGCCGCCUGCCGUCUUCGGUGGGGAUCGUCUGAGGAAACUUCAUACAGGACAACCGGGUCGAGGCCAGGAUGCACUGGCCUCUACUGCUGGCACUGGAGGCGGCCUGGGCCGGACUGGGCCAGGCUACUCAGCACUACCCGGCUGUGUGGGGCCACUAUGAUGUGUGCAAAUCGCAGGUGUACAGCGACGAGGGCCUCACCUGGGAUUACAUGGCAUGCCAGCCCGAGGCGGCUGACAUGACCAAGUACCUGCGGGUAUCGCUGGAGCCAGCCAACAUCACGUGCGGAGACCCAGCCGAGACUUACUGUGCACUGGAAAACCCUUACAUGUGUAAUAAUGAGUGCGACGCCAUCACAAAGGAGCUGGCGCACCCCCCAGAACUGAUGUUUGACUUUGAAGGUCGCAACCCCACAACGUUCUGGCAGUCGACCUCUUGGAGGAAAUACCCGAAGCCAUUGUUGGUCAACAUCACCCUCUCCUGGAACAAAACCAUUGAGCUGACAGACGACAUCGUCAUAACGUUCGAGUCUGGCCGCCCGGAGCAAAUGGUCCUGGAGAAGUCUCUCGAUUAUGGCCGAACUUGGCAGCCCUACCAGUUUUAUGCCACAGACUGCUUGGAUGCCUUCACCAUGGAGCCCAGGACGGCGCAGGAUCUGACCCAGCACACCCUUCUGGACGUUAUCUGCACAGAGGAAUACUCAAGGGGAUACGUGUGGAAGUAUGACAAGACAGUACGCUUUGAGAUCAAAGACAGACUCGCCCUGUUCGCCGGACCUCGUCUGCACAAUAUGGCUUCCUUGUAUGGACAGCUUGACACGACAAAAAACCUGAGGGACUUCUUUACCAUCACUGACCUCCGAAUCAAACUGCUGCGACCUGCCACAGGCGCUACCAUGGUGGAUGAGAACAACCUGUCCCGAUACUUCUAUGCUAUUUCUGACAUCAAAGUUCAGGGAAGGUGCAAGUGCAACCUUCAUGCCAACAGCUGCGUCUUUGACAAAGAGAAGUUAGUCUGUGAGUGUGAGCACAACACAACGGGUCCCGACUGUGGCCGCUGCAAGAGGAGCUACCAGGGGCGCGUGUGGAGCCCUGGCUCCUACCUGCCCAUCCCCAAGGGCACGGCCAAUAUCUGUGUUCCCAACAAUAUUGGCCCUGUUAACUGCGAAUGCUUCGGUCACUCCAACCGCUGCAGCUACAUCGAGCUGCUGAACAUAGUCAUUUGUGUGAGCUGUAAGCACAACACUAGGGGGCAGCACUGCCAGCUGUGCCAACUGGGCUACUACAGAAAUACCUCAGUAGAGCUGGACGAUGAAAAUGUCUGCAUAGCCUGUAACUGUGAUCCCUUUGGCUCCGAGAGCGAACACUGUAAUGCCACAGGAUUCUGUAAAUGUAAAUCAGGAACGACGGGCAAACACUGCAGUGAAUGCCUGCCAGGAUAUUUGUGGGACAGUGGUUGCAAAUCCCAGGUGUGUGACGACGAGCUGCUGCGCUGUCAGAACGGCGGCGUGUGCCUGAACAACCUGCGCUGCCAGUGCGCAGUUGGCUUCAGCGGCUUGUUGUGCGAGAAGCCGCACUGUCAGAGCGAGGCGACCGGCUGCGGGAGCUCCGACUCAGCCCACAACACCUCCUGCCCGUCCUCAGCCCACCUGCUGCUGCUCCUGCUGGCGCUCGCUACUGCCUCCUGCUGGCCGGCAGCACUCUGAGGACCUGGGCACGUCCCAGCCAUCCGCCACGCGGGAGGAGCAGGCAGCAGAAGUGCAAUGUUUUGGAAUGAUGGCAAAGUGUAAUUUUAAACAUUAAUGAAUAUGAGUCACAGUAAAAAUUAAAUAUUGAAAAUUAAAUUACAAAAAUGACAAGGUAUAUUUACGGAAGUAACUGAGCAUUCUUGAGCAGAGCUGCCGGCGGUGGAUGAACGGAAGCUGUGAAUGAGCUGUAACAGGCACUGCAUACUCGGGAAGGGGGGGUCUGGGUAACAGGCUGCCUCUCCUCUCUUUCAAUGCGGCGACAUGGGCAGCAGCCUCCCCACGGAGAAGCAUCCAGCUGGGGACACACUGAGCUGCGCCUCCUCCUGGUCGCAAGGCGACAAAGUGCUCGGUUUGCGUGGGCCGACCUGAGAAGGUUUGCUGCGAGGACCCCCCCUGCCCUCUGCCCCACCCGCCAGUUCUGCUUCCCCGUCUCUACGGUGCUUGCUGUGUUUUCCCAGAACCGGAAAAUCAUCCGCCAGCGUUAGCGAGGAACCCCCUCCCAGAAGCCAGCACAGGAACCCACAGGCCACGUUACCUGACUGACGGCUUUGUCGGCAGAGAUGCUUCCGGAAGGAUCGAUGUAUUUAAUUUUUAUAUCAUUUUUAUUUCAUUGACAUACUACAGUAUGGCGUAUUACACAAAGUUUGUUUUGAUAAUCACGCAAUCUUGUUAAAAUGCUACUUGUUAAUAUAUUUAACACUAGAACAAAGUAUAAAGUAAUUUUAUUUCCCUUUUGAUUUGAUCGUGCAGACUUCCCUUCAGUACGGCGUCAGACUGUAUGAGUUUACAUGUAUACUGGGAUGUACUACAAGCCACCAAAGGACAAUUCUGUGUUUUGUUGCUUUGACACUUUACG